AUGUAUGUGAAAUGGGUUGAUACAGGAAUGUUUUACUAUGUGAUUUUAGUGUAUUUAGUCAAUGUCACUUUUUGUCAUUUUCAAAUUUCCCGCCAGUUCCGUCCCCCCGUACGUCCCAACGCUCGCAGGGGAUGGAACCCCGAUGACGGAUGCCGGCAUCGGCUGGAGGACAUUACAGGGGACACUGCAGGGGGGACAUCGCGGGGGAGAGCAGGACAAGGUAAGUGAAGAACAGAUCCCGGAGCAGCACCGCUUGGUAAGCCCAAGUGUAGCUCGGGGUUACCGCUUGUGCUACACUCGGGAAUUCCGCCAGGGAGGUUAC